GCAGCUCGGGUGCCUCUCUCCUUGUCUCAUCAAUGCUGCUUUCAUUCUCCCUCAGUGGGGCAAGAUGGAAGCUGUACAAAAGGACCACUGGUACUUCGUGGUACUUAUCUUUCUUCCUUUUCUUAAAGUUGCUGUCCAGCAGAAAGAUGUCAUCACAGUCCGCCUGGAGGAAGGCAUGGUUCUCGACUGCCUCUGCCCCUGGAACGGAAACCUCAGCAUGGUGUCCUGGACUAAAGUACCAGACAAGGAUCCCAUAGCUGUUUUUCACCCAGAGUAUGGCGUGGCUUUUUCUCAUCACUACCGUGAGAGGAUAGAGUUCCUGAGGACGACGCCGAUGGAUGGAAGUAUAUCUUUGAGGAACGUCACUCAUCAGGAUAUCGGGCUCUAUCACUGCUCUGUUCAGACUUUCCCUCAAGGCCCCUGGACGAGGAACAUUCAGGUGGAAGAUCUAGAUACACCCCCAGAAGAAGACGAUAGCCCAGAGCCGCCAACCCCAGAUGAGAUCACAACAGACUCAGAACUGAUAGCAAAGCAGAACGACAACUUCACUAUCAGCUGUAACCACAUGCACAACGGCACCGUCUACCAGGUCAUUUUGGAGAAGAUGCCCAACAGCCAGCCCUGGAGCAUCAUCGGAGUGUGUAAGAAGGUGGAGGGGGGCCUGGUGGGGGAAGACUACAGCGACAGGGGGAGGGUGAGCUGUGCAGACAGCCUGGACAUCAGUCUGCAUCUGACAGGUGUUGAGCCGGAGGACGGCGGUUUCUACCGCUGUACUUUCAGCACGGACGCAGGAGAGCAGACCACCACUGUGCUGCUCACCGUGCCUCCUCCAGCAGGUGGAUUCAGCCUUUCCAUGUACAUGAUGUAUAUUUACAUCGGGGCUGGAACUGCUGCGCUUAUUCUUCUCAUCGUUAUUCUCAUAGUUGCUGUGAGGCACAGGAGGAGGAACAGGAGAGAAGAGUAUAAAGUCAAACUGCACCCAUCUCAGAGUCAGAACAUCUAUGAGAACAUCCCUGUGUGUCCCUGGAGUGCAAAGAAGACCAGGCAGAUCAAAAAUUACCCGAUAUACGCCAACCUGCAGGCUAGAGGAUUGCACAAAACCAAAAAUCAACUCCCUAAAUAAGCACACAUGAAUGUGACAAACUAUGUGCAUGUUUAUUUUGACCUGUUACCGCUGUAGGGGUUCCCAAAGUACAAAUAACUACAAUAUUCAUGUAAGAACAAAGGCCCCUGAUGGAUGUUUGAGUUGAUAAUGUGAGCAGGGACCACAGUAACUCUGAUUAAUAUUCAUACUGUGGUUUGAACCAGGAAGCAUGAUGGGGCUUGUUUGACUCUCAUGAAUCUGACACAGACAAAGCCUGCUCCCUCUAAUUAAAUGUAACAUGUACUUCAUAAUUACUGCUGAGAAAUUAUUUGUUUGGGGUAAAACAAUAGUUGACAGUUACCGUCAUGCAGAAAAGCGCAGACAAAGGCCUGGGUAAUCAUUCUUUUCAGUCCCUCAACCCCUGAGUAAAACGAUUGACAAAAGCCUGUGUAAUUGCUCUCCUUUAACUUUCAUCCCUCCUGGUUUCCAUUCAAAGCCUGACAAUGGUGUCUAAUCAUCUAACUGGAAAGAAAAGCAGUCACUCAGCACUGUACCACUGCUUGAGACUGUCGCUUUCCCCCCAAAGGGCUCUCUGUCUAGGAUGGCUGCAUACUAGUUACAGCGCGCUCUUAUUAUGAAAGUAGUCUAAUUAGCUAAUACUGUGCUUAAGUAACAAUGCAUCUUUACACUUUUCUAUUAAGUUUAUAGUUUUUUUCUGUUAAACAAUGUUUUGAUACGCUGCAAUGAGAUUUAUCAUGCUUAUUUAUUGCCUGUAAAUAAUUUCUACGCUUGCCUAUCGCUUGUACAUCAGUAUUUAAAGUUUAUGGCAGUACCUGGGAGCUGUGUGUUGUUUAUGUGUAAUCCCGUUCAUUUAUCUCCAUAGAAAUGGAGGCAGUGGCAGAGGCAGUAAUGGAUAUGCAGGCUAUCCUGCUAGGAAACAAGACAAAUGUGGACAAGUUAAAAAUGUGCAACACAAAGGGACAAUAUAGUUGGGAAUCACCUUUUCUGUGCCUUCAUUUUGUCAUUUUGAUGUUCUGGAAAAAAAAAAAAAACAGAACAUGCUGCAAAGUGUGCUCCGUGACACAGUGAGACCUGUGAUACUGUGUGGGUGAGCUGCAAUACUGCACUGAUGUAUGUGUCUGUAAAUGACUGCAAGAGGUACAAAUAAAAAUCUGU